UCUCUAUCUCUCUCAGCAUUUAUUUUAUACAAGCUAUCCCCUUUUAACAAAUCACUGCAUCACCCUUCCAAUUCAAAAAUUCCCAGUUUUUUUUCCUUACAUCAAAAAUCAAAUCUAUGUUUUCUUGCAUUGAACUCCGUGUACAGUCCGAGGAUCUGCUGCCUCAUGAGACGAUGAAUAUAGAGUUCUGUUAAUAGUAUUGGAAAAGGCUUAUUAGAACCCCUCCUUCUUGUUCAUGUCUUGCAAUGGGAUGGCUUUUUUCCCAGCAAAUUUCAUGCUCCAAACCCCUCAAGACGAAGAUCAUCAACCCUCAACUUCUAUCAAUCAAAUGCUUCAUUCUUGCCCACUCCAAGACUUCCACGGUGUGUCAUCGUUUCUUGGGAAGAGAUCAAUGUCAUUUUCAGGGAUAGAUGUGUGUGAAGAAGCAAAUGAGGAGGAGGAUUUGUCAGAUGAGGGUUCUCAUGCGGGAGAAAAGAAGAGGAGGCUUAACAUGGAACAGGUGAAGACUCUUGAGAAGAACUUUGAGUUGGGUAACAAGCUUGAACCAGAGCGAAAAAUGCAGCUGGCUCGAGCUCUUGGGCUGCAACCAAGGCAGAUAGCUAUUUGGUUCCAAAAUAGAAGAGCUAGGUGGAAAACCAAGCAACUUGAGAAAGACUAUGAUCUCCUCAAGAGACAGUACGAAGCCAUCAAAGCUGAUAAUUAUGCACUCCAAGCUCAGAACCAAAAGCUUCAUGAUGAGAUAAUGGCACUGAAAAGCAGAGAACCAACCGAGUCAAUCAACCUCAAUAAAGAAACCGAAGGUUCUUGCAGUAACAGAAGUGAAAACAGCUCAGAUAUAAAGUUGGAUAUCUCUAGGACACUGGCAAUUGACAGCCCCUUGUCGACUCAUCCGACAAGCAUAACCUUCUUCCCAACAUCCAAUAUUAGACCGACAGGUGGUGGAGGUGGUGGUGGUGUUGCACAACUAUUCCAGGCCUCAUCAUCAAGGCCGGAUCACCAUCAAUGCCAAAAGAUGGAUCAAAUGGUUAAAGAAGAAAGCCUCAGCAACAUGUUAUGCACCAUUGAAGAUCAAACCGGGUUUUGGCCAUGGCUUGAGCAACAACAUUUCAAUUGAUCAUGGUACCAUAUAUAGUAUUAAUAUCAAUGUUUUGGUACCUUCAGAGUGGUGCAUAAAACUUGAACUAUAUCCAG